CUGUCGAGUGAAAGCACAGUAGCACGAUGAAAUUUGACCGCAUACUUUCAGAAAUUGACGGAUUUGGAAAAUUCCAAAUCAAGCUAGUCUUGAUCCAGAUCCUCUCUCGUGUUUGUCUGCCAUGUCACUUCCUGCUGAAUAACUUCAUGGCAGCUGUUCCCUCUCACCACUGCAACCUCACUGCUCUGGAUGAUGGAGGCAUCUUUGGGAAUUUAACUCAGGAACAGAAACUGGCUGUUGGUGUUCCAGCAGAGCAUAAUGGGACUCUGAGCUCCUGUGAGAUGUUUUCAAAGCCCCAGUAUCAACAUCUGUCAGGCUUGAACAGCAGUGAGGAUGCAGCUACUGUUCAGUGUCAGAACGGAUGGGUGUACGACAAUAGCACAUAUAAAUCUACUUUGGCAACAGAGUGGGAUCUUGUGUGCAGCAGAAAAUGGAUGAACAAGGCGACAGCCACUGCUUUCUUAAUUGGUGUUAUGUGUGGAGCCCCCUUAUUUGGGUAUUUCAGUGACAGGUAUGGCCGGCGGCCGCUGCUGUUGGUGUCGUAUUUGUCGACCUUGGCGUUUGCAGUCCUGAGUGCAUUCUCCCCAUUGUAUAUGAUAUUUGUCACCAUGAGGUUUUUUACAGGAAUGUCACUCGCAGGAAUAAGUAUCAUCUCUAUUACUCUAAAUGUUGAAUGGUUUGGCAUUGAAAGCAGGACCUUUUCUGGUAUAAUCACAAGUCUGGAUUGGUCACUUGGAAGCCUGCUUCUGGUUGGAAUUUCAUACAAUGUAAAUCAUUGGAGGAUGCUCAUUGUGGCAGCGACCUCACCAUUGAUACUGUCACUCCUUACUUGGAGGUGGCUUCCAGAGUCUGCGAGAUGGCUCCUAGCAAAUGGGAAGGAAGACGCUGCUCAUCAGUACUUAAUGCAAUGUGCCGAGAUGAACAACAGAACUAAGUAUAUGAACACCAUCACACAACAGGAAUUACUGGAAUAUGCACAUGGUGAAACUGGAGAUAAGAAGCACACCAUUGUGGAUCUUUUCAAGACCCCAAAAAUUAGGAACAUUUCUAUAUGCUUAGGAAUAGUUUGGUCUGGAGUUGCAUUUACAUAUUAUGGGAUAUCUCUGAAUAUCACCGGGUUUGGACUAAACCCAUACCUCACUCAAGUCAUAUUUGCAUCCAUGGAAAUUCCAAUGAAGAUCAUUGUGUAUUUCUUCCUGAAGAAAUUUGGUAGAAGGCCUGGUGAGGCGGCAAGCCUGCUUUUAACUGGACUCUUUCUCUUCAUCAACAUAUUUGUUGCAAAAGAUAGGUGGGCCUUUCGUACUAUUGUGGGAGUCCUUGGAAAAUCCAUGUCAGAAGCCUCAUUCACCAUCAUCUUCCUCUACACAACUGAACUCUUUCCUACAGUUGUACGAGAGAAUGGUUUAGGCUACACUUCGUUUCUGGCACGGCUGGCCAUGUCCAUCUCUCCACUGAUCAUGCUAUUGGAGGACACAUGGCAUCUCCUCCCUGCAGUCAUUUAUUGUACAGUGGCAGUCGUAGCCGGUUUAGUGGCUUGUCUCCUGCCUGAAACAUUAAACGCCCAACUGCCAGACAGCAUUGAUGAUAUUGAGAAAACAAGGAGACAAUCCACGAGGAACAAGGAGGUUGAAUAAAAAUCACAUUCAUUGAUAUUGACAGUGAUACUCAGCCUGUUAUGCA